AGCUACUAUUUAUUUUUUCUAGAAAAAUCAAAUUUAAACACUGAACAGCGGAACCCUGCCUAGACUAGGCUCGUUUGCAGUGCGCGGAUCAACUUCCGUUCUCGCCGUCGCCGCACAGAGCGUAACAGCCACCGUCAAAUCUCGCCGUCAGUCAGAUUGACCUGAGGAUGGAAUACGUCAGCCCAGAAGGACUUCGACUGGAUGGUCGCAGACCCAUGGAGAUGCGACAAAUUCGUGCAGAAAUUGGUGCUGUAUCCAAAGCAGAUGGUUCUGCCAUGUUUGAGAUGGGUAAUACAAAAGUUAUUGCUGCUGUCUAUGGCCCUAGAGAGGUGCAAAAUAGGAGCCAAAUAACCAACCAUGCUCUGGUUCGGUGUGAGUACAGCAUGGCUAAUUUUAGCACUGGAGAUCGCAUGAGGAAAUCAAAGGGUGACAGGAGAUCAACUGAAAUUUCCCUGGUUAUUCGGCAAACCAUGGAAGCAUCUAUAUUGACACAUCUAUUGCCUCGAUCUCAGAUAGAUAUAUAUGUCCAAGUUCUCCAAGCAGAUGGAGGAACUAGAUCUGCUUGUAUAAAUGCUGCAACUUUGGCCCUUGCCGAUGCUGGGAUCCCUAUGCGUGAUCUUGUAACAUCCUGUAGUGCCGGAUACCUUAACAGCACAAGUCUGCUUGAAGACAGUGCUGGAGGUCCUGAUGUAACCCUAGGAAUUCUGCCAAAGUUGGAUAAAGUGACACUGCUUCAGAUGGAUUCUAAACUACCAAUUGACAUUUUGGAAAAUGUUAUGCAACUGGCAAUUGAAGGCUGCAAAGCAAUAGCAAACUACAUUCGAGAAAUUUUGUUGGAGAACACAAAGCAACUGGAGUAUCGACGAGGUGUAUAGUUUUUAUAGCAGAAAUGAUGCUAUGAUUAUUAUUACCUGUGGUCACGGUUUUCCAGAUUUGUAGGUCCGUUCUUUCAGCAUUUGUGCUUUUUUUCGUUAUGGAUGAGAAUUCUCUUGUAUUUACGUGAAACAAUUUUGUUUUUAGCAUACGGUGCUGAAUAAAACGGAAAUUUGUUGUAGAAUUCGUUUCUCAUUUCUGUCACCUUAUCACUAUGAAUAAAAGGUAGCAAAAUUAUGAUUUA